AUGAAACUUGUGUACUUCGACGUCUACGGUAGAGCUGAGCCAAUUAGAAUGCUUCUUAACCAUGCCAAAGUUGAAUUUGAAGAUUUCAGAAUUGGUUUUGCUGAAUGGCCUGCACUUAAAGCAGGUGAUAACCCAGUUUUAGAAUUCGAGCAAGUGCCUGUGCUUGUAUUGGACAAUGGCAAAGUUCUCAGCUAAACUAAAGCUAUAAUGAGAUAUCUUGGCUUAUAAUAUGGAUACUUGCCCACUGAUGCUUAUGAAGCAUACCUAGUAGACUCAUACUUGGAUGCCUUCAAUGAUUUGAUGCAUCCAUUCGCAUUAGCAAGAUGGGAAAAAGACGAAGAGAAAAAGAAGGAAAUUCUCGCCAACUGGCUUGCCAACACUUUUCCAAAGUUCUUGACUGCUUUUGAGAAGAGACUUGAAUCUUAAGGUCAUUCUAAAUUCCUUGUCGGCGAAAAAUUGACUAUUGCUGAUUUCUCCUUCUCUAGCUUGAUAAGUGUAAUUGUAUACAAUGAGUUAAGCGAGACCUCUGCUACCUUGAGAGAGACAUAUGAAACUUUCCCAAGACUUAAGGAGUACGCUCACAACAUGAAAGAAAUAUUCAACGAUUACUUAGAGUCCAGACCAAAGAGACCUAUGUGA